AUGUUUCUGUCUCUUCCUACGUUGACCGUCCUCAUUCCAUUGAUCUCCUUAGCAGGACGGUUCUACUCGGCCUCCGUGGAAGAAAACUCCCCACAGGGCUGCACUAGCACAGCCAGCCUGUGCUUUUACAGUCUGCUCUUGCCCAUUACCAUAGCCGUGUAUGUGUUCUUCCACCUGUGGAUGCGGCUCGGUAUUAAGCUCUUCAGGCAUAAUUAA